AAGAAUCUGAAGAGGAUGACUCUGAGAGAGUCUGACGAAGACUACUCGGAAAAGCAAUCUGAAGAUGGCUCUGAGAAGGAAUUGGAGGAAAAUGGUGUCGAGCAAGAUUUUGACGAGGAAGGCUCUGACAGGGAUUUUCCCGAAAACCUCUUUGACAAAGAGUUAGAAGAAUAUGACACAGACAAGUCAGAAUUUGAAGACACUGAAAGAAUGUUGGAUGUGGAAGAUUCUGAAAGGGAGUUUGACGAAGAGUCAGACGAAAAGGAUGACGAGGAAACCUAUGACCAGGUUUUUGAUGAUGAGUCAGACAAGAAAGAGGAUGAAGAAGAUGCAGAUGGAAAAGAGCGUGAAGAUGAUGAUGGAAAAGAGGGGGAAGAUGACACAGAUGGAAAGCUGUUUGAAGACUCAGAUGAAGAGGAAGAUGCAGAUGAAAAAGAAGACGAAGAUAUAGAUGAAAAGUUGUUUGAAGAUGACAACUCCAUUGAGAAGUUUGAUGAGGUGAGUUUCGGUGAGAAGGAAUUUGAUGAUGGUGAUGACAGCAGUACUUUGGGGAAUGUGAUGGAAGAGGGGCCACUGUCCACACACAGCAGCUUUGUUCUCAGCAGUGAUGAUGAUGGUGAUGAUGAUGGUGUCUAAUCCUUUAAACUUGCUUUCUAGAGAGUCUAUCUCCAUUUGCCUGUGCUUCAGGGCCAUUACUAGUAGUUACAUGAACAUGUGCAUAGCGGUAGGAUGC